AUUCAGGUUUCCACUGAAAUGUCACAACAUCCAAGCUUCUUAUUUUUAACUUGGGGUGAAUUGGUAUUGCAUCAAGAAACGUCUGGUCAUUUUUCUUUAUAUAGCCUUUGAAUUUUGUAAGGCAGCUCAAUGGCGAAGGAUGCUUGGGAAUAUUUGCAAACUUAGUUUGAAUUUUGCAGUUAUUUGGGGUGAGAUUAAGCAUCUUACCGUUUUUGAAGACGUGCUGCCAAAGGUGUGCAUGUUGCCAAGUGAGGCAUCUGUACCCAGGGAAAUCUUACAAAUCGGCAUUGCAUCCACAUACUCUUACUGCAUGUAGUUUUUAAACAGAGGUGAUGACACCCCUCUUCCAGAAAUCUUCGUGCAAACACCAACAUCUGUUUGAAAGUUUGGGUAUGUGGUGCUCUGGGACCCAGUUGUGACAUACGCCACGCUUCCAAAGAGCCAUGCUAAGUUAAAGUUAAAGACAGCGACUCCAGUUUGAAGGCGCGUGGGCUGCUUCAGUGCAGACAAAUGUUACUGAUAUGCUGCGAUUAUAAAAUGUAAGUUCAGCAGCUUAGACUGCUUUCUGGGCUUAUUUUCUCUCCUGCAUAGAAAUGCUCUGCCCUUACUGCUGUGUUACUUGGAACUACUGUGUAGGCAUUUCUACAGAUGUACCAGAGAUAGCUUUAAUACCAAGCAGAAAUUUGUUCCUACAAGCACAUUUUGAUUUUUCAUUUCCUUUGCCACUAUGAGCACCAGUAGACUAUAGCCAGGCCCAGGGGGACCUCCCUGUGACCUGUCACUCCUUGUGGGGUUCUGUAAACCUCACUUUACAAAUACAGGAGGAAUUCAUACCAAUAAAUUACGCCUAUCAAUAAACUCUUGGAAAACUUGUUGUGACUUAGCUUUGUUAGAUCACCUGCUUGUGCAGCUGCUUCUAGGGCAUGUAUGUAUGGUUCCUGUAACAGCAUGAACACUCCAUUUGGGAUCAUUUCAAAGCCUCAGUUGUAGGAAGGGGGCUUUUUUCUUCUCCGAACACAAAUCUGCAAGCCUUCCCCACAAAAAGGGCCACUGGGACCAACAGCCACAAUGGUCCCUUUGGCUCCUUUGCUGAAGUGCCUUGACUCUGUGUACGUCCCGCAACUGCGUUGGAUCCACCAAGUAUCUUUGAAAACAGUUCUGAGGUUUAGUCCUCCGUGGUCCAAGAAGCUCUGGGAAAGGCGAAGGCAGUGCAGGAGACAGAGGCAGGAGGUGCUGUGAGGUGCAGUGGGGAGAAGAGUUUCCCCACAGGGCUGCCCUGGUCAGGCUUUCAGUGAUGCUGACCUCAGCCUGACUCCUGGUCUCCGGGCAGGGCGCUUCUCCUCCCAUCAGCGUGAACUGUCAAGCAGAUCUUCCUGGAAGGAUGAUCUAUAUUUACUCCAUUUGCAGCCUGCAACUUCAUUUUCACCUAAGCUGAAUGACUCAGACUUCGGGUGAAACGAGAAGAAUAGGGAAGUGGCCGAUUUAUGAAGAUACCUGGGGUUGAUGACCGACUGUACGGCAGCGUAGGGGCACGUUCCCUAGCAGGGACGUGCGGUUAUCCCCCUGAGUCGCGCGUUUGUGGUGCUGUACGCGCACACGCCGCAGAAAGGAUGUCGCCGGCUAUCUGCGGGGGCACACAGCAAUUCACUUCCUUCAGAGCACAGGGAGAAGAUACGCUUCAGUUGCGACGUAGGAAGAGUGUUUAGAAGGAUAAAAGAAGCAUUGUUCAGGCUGCUAAAAUGUUCCCGGCAGAGCGUUCGAACAGAGAGAGUUCUGUCCCGGCAAUUGCGUUUUCUGCGCUCAUUGUCUUGCUUCGCCUUUACAAGAAACGUGCGGCAUUUCCUUAUUAUUUAAAGGAACCGGGCGAGUAGCGAAAGUGAAAAUCGCUUUAUCCCAGCCCCGAUGCCUUGUCCUCACUCCAAUGAACCCCGCCUUGCGCUCCUGUCCAUUCCGAGGUCGUGCCGCUUUGGAAAGCCGAUGUCGCACGUGUUCCGCGGCCAGGAGUACGCGGGGAGCCACGAAGAAGAUGAUAAGAAGGUAAGGAGGAGAGAGAAGAACCGAGUUGCUGCACAGAGAAGUCGGAAGAAGCAAACGCAGAAAGCAGACAAACUUCACGAGGAAUAUGAAUCUCUUGAGCAAGAAAAUACCUCCCUGAAAAAAGAAAUCGGAAAGCUAACAGAUGAAAUGAAACACUUGAGUGAAGUUUUGAAGGAUCACGAAAAGAUCUGUCCACUAUUGCACUGCACCAUGAACUUUGUAACCGUACCAAGGCCUGAUGCACUCAGCAGCUGCCUGCCCAGAUGAGACAUCUCCUCAACCGUUGUUGUGUGAUGUGUGAAAGUGCCAGUAAAAUGGGAGAUGUGAAGAACUGCCUGCUUAAGGUGCAGAUCUACCCUUGAACAGGGCCGGACUUGCCCACACAGCUGUUCUCCACGUGUUUCAGUUUUCUGAAUCUCAGGAAAGCAUCAGUAUAGGAAAAAAGACAGCUUGAACUACGACUCCUUUCUUUGGUAGAAUCUCCAAGCCAUGGUUUUGCGUUCAGAAAUAUCACGGUGCAAUGCAGCCCGCCAUCGCUCAAUGGAAUGUAGACCGGGAAAAGUACCAGCCUUGGGCUGAGAUGCCUUUCUCCCACACGCUCACCACUAGCAACCCUUUGUCAGUUGUCAUCCUUUUGUAUCAGAUUCUGGCUGCUGUUUUGGGUUUUUUUUGGUGUUGUUUGUUCCUCUAAACAGAUUUGGCUAAUAAAAAAACAAUAGUGAUGUUCUGUCUUUAUGGUGUUCUCCACCUUCUUCAGUAUCCAAUGUCCUUACAGCAUCUCUCCUCUUUGUUUGCUGGCCAAAUCCAAAGUCUAAUGGUAAUCUUCCUGUCAGUUGUUUUAUUGCUUGCUUAUCACUACUUCAUUAGUCCUCCUUUUCAAAUGCAUGUAACAAUAAUUUUUCCCAGUCUUCAUUUCUUUACUAUUCCAAAUCAUCAGCUCUGUCAACGUCAAUACUAAAAAUGUUUUCUAUCUCAAAAUAUGGCUCAGCCAACUUCCAGUAAUGACUGCCUGCUUUGUAUGGAGGAAAAGCAAAACAGUUUGCUUGUUUUAUACAUUGUUUUAAAGAGCAGAUUUUAAAAUGUAUUGGUUUAAUGCACCACACCAGUGGAAAUGAACUGGAGGGUUAUUUGCGAUUGAGGGAAUUGUUUGGAUUUUUUUGGUGAUGCAGUAUCUUUAUCCUUUAUCUUGAAUAUUGCUUCUGCUAAGUGAUAGAAUAAGUCAGGCUGAACGAUUAGUUCCCAUGUCCACAUGGCAUGAUUUAUUGCAAGAAAAACAUUAUUUUAUUUCAUCUUCAACUUUUUUUUUUUUUUUUU